UCCAGUAUUACGAUGUUGUGUUUAACGCAAUCAGCAAUUUGGUACCUCCCUAUAAAAGCUAACCUGCCAUUAAGGCAAGCGAUUCAUUUCGUCUUACGCUCUGGAAUCAAACAUGAAAUCUGUUAUCCUUUUGAUCGCCCUUGUGGCUGGCAGCAUGGCUGGCAAGCUGACGCUGCCCCGCCUGCCACUCAGCGUGCUUAUGCGUGGUGGAUGGCCCAUGAUUGAUGAUGACAGGAUCGUCGGUGGCACCCAGGCCAGCCCCAAUGAGUUCCCAUACCAGAUUUCCCUUAGGCGUUUGGGCUCCCACAUCUGCGGUGGCUCCAUCUACAAGAGCAACUGGAUCAUCACCGCUGCUCACUGCACUGACGGAACUUCUGUCGGAUCCAUGUCCAUCGUUGCUGGUGAACACAGCCUGUCCAUCGAUUCCGGAGAUGAGCAGUACAGCGACAUCUUGUCCAAAACUGAACACGAAGCUUACAGCUCCCGCACUCAGGAGAACGACAUCUGCCUUCUGAGGUUGAGCUCCCCACUCUCGUUGAACACCAAAGUCAAUGUUGUCCGUCUCCCAGCCCAAGGAGCCGAAACUGCUGCAGGAACUAACUGCGUUGUUUCCGGUUGGGGCACCACCUCGUCCGGUGGCAGCACGAUUCCCGACAUUCUUCGUAAAGUUACUGUCCCCAUCGUGAGCGAUGCCACUUGCCGUGACAGCUACGGAGCUACUUCCAUCACCAACUCCAUGAUUUGCGCCGGAUUCCGUCUAGGUGGAGCCGACUCUUGCCAAGGUGACUCUGGUGGCCCCCUCGUCGAUGAAGGAACCAACCUCUUGAUCGGUGUCGUUUCAUGGGGUAUUGGCUGUGCUGAUCCUGGUUACUACGGUGUCUAUACUCAAGUUUCCUACUUCCACAACUGGGUCGUCGGUAUUGCUGGUUAAGCACUGGUUAAGCAAUUAACGAAUUUUCGCCAACAAUCCCAUUUUCAUGAACUAUUGGUUACCUUUUUGAAUGCACUUCUUCCUCUUCUAAUGUUUUCGAAACACAAAUAAACUGUCUUAGAGCUUCAUAA